UCGCGUUAAUUCGCAUUUGUUCGCAGUUGGAACAUUGCAGAUCGCCAGAGUUGCCUCGAUUCUCGAACAAACACUGCACUACUCAGCUCUGCUACUCAACAACCGCCCCACACACACGAACAGUCAAGCAACGGCACAUCCGCCUAUCCAGUUGAUUCGUUCAGCUGGUCGUCGUCGUUAGUGAAAGCCGCAGUCUCAGGUCUCCGCUGUGCAGCGCGCGGUGUGUCUCAUUCAGCCAAGGGCGAGAGUUCUGUGGAAUAAAAUUCAUCAGCCCGCAAUAACACCAUCGUAACCAGCCAUGGGCCGGCUACCGUCUCUCCUCGUUGUCAGCGUGCUGCUGGCUCUCGCAUCCGGUCAAGCUCCAGCAGCUGAUAUGGAAGUCUCUGUUCCGAAGGGCGAACCAGUAAAAACUCCCGAUGGGCCUUUUACAGUGAUGCCUACACCUGCUCCAUCUUCCACCACAGUAAAACCAACUGAACCAACUAAACCUACGAAGCCGACUACGCCCGCUACCACUACAAUCGCCCCCACAGUUCCAACCAAACCAACAACACCAACAACUCCAACAACUAAACCAACUACACCAACGACCACGGUCGCACCAACCACUCCCCCACCGACGAAGCCUACACCUCCACCACCAACCCCAGCACCACCAAAACCACCUGCGAAUAUUGAUCCUCCUACUGGUGAUUGGAACAUUAGCUACGUGGCACCCAUUAACGGCUCGUGUAUCUUUGCUAAAAUGGCCAUUCAGUUUGAAGUGCCCUAUCAUACAAAGCACAACGAAACGUGGCAUGCCUAUGUCGACAUUCCCAAGGAUGCGAACGCAACCGGAAACUGCGACAAUUUGUCUGAGAAACUUAAACUCUCCUGGGGCAACAACUCCGUCGUGUUUGAUUUCACCACCAAAGUAAACGGAACAUGGUACUUGGUUGAUCAAAUUAAUUUGUCUCUGUACAAGGAUGAGAAGAACUUCCCAGACAUGGAUAACAGCUCCCAAACUAUUAAUCUGAUGUACGGAAAGAGUUUGUUCAACACCACUGAGAAGAUGUCGUACAAGUGUGCUAAAAUUCAAACCUUCAACCUGACCAUGGAUAACUCGAAUGCCACCAUGGGUUAUAUGCAUAUUGGCCACUUGCAAUUGCAGGCAUUUGCGGCGAAAAAUUCGAAAGGAUUCGCUGAUGCUGUCGAUUGCGAACCGGCGGGCACGCCCGACAUUGUACCCAUCGCAGCCGGGUGCGCGCUGGCCGCGCUCAUCAUCAUCGUGCUCGGCGCGUACCUGAUCGGCAGGAAACGCUCGCAGGCGCGCGGAUACCUUUCAAUGUGAGUCCCAAAUGCACUACACGGCUAGAGAGAUUUGGUACUGAUAGGAAAUUCGAAUCAGAAAAGAUUUAAAAAGAAAACUCUAAGCGGGGAUUUAAAAAAACAGAAAAGAAAAAAAAAAACAAACAGGAAGAUUGAAUUUGGUAAUUUAAAAAACAAAGGUAUCCGUUUCAUGUUGCCAGAUUUGCAAGUUUAAGUUUUAGUUGUAUCUAUUGAACGUAACUUCCUAAUUUUACUUGUAACGUGAAUAUAUUUUCUCAUCAUCUCUCUAAUUGAAUAAACGCAGUGCUUCUACUAGUUUAUAUGCUCAAUCAUUAUCGUUAGGCCGUUGGACAUGAAAUGGAGUCCUUCACACUCGAAAAGAAAAAAAGAAAGAAAAUGUGAUUAAUAAACUAUAUGUUAAUGCUGGAUUAUUUUUUUUUAUAAAUAUGGAGUUAAGAUUCGGUUUUAUUCAUGAAUUCAAAUUAUAUUUGUGUAUGUUAAAUGGAAAAAUCUAUGUGGGCGUACCACCGGUGUGGUUUACGAACAAAGUUGCGUUGUUGCAUUCACGAUUUGAACGAAUUUAAAUAGUUUGCUGUUAGUAGUUUAAAAACAGCGAUGAUUUUAUGGGGAAAUUGAGCGUGAAUGCAUUGGUUUUUGUUGUUUGAACGCGUAGUUACACUCUCGUAUAUAUAUUUUGUAGCAAACAUGAAAACUCGAUUUUUUUUUUUUGUUUACGUGUGUAUUGGUUUAGAAAUUUAUAAAUUUUAAACAUUUUCGAUGGAACUCGUUUUGCACUUUGAUUUCUCAAACCUCUUCCCAAUAUGUAAGCGUAGAAUUUAAUCGACUAUACAAGAAUAACCUAACUGUUAUCAUGGCCACUCAUGAGUCUAGUUUACUAACUCGGUUUUGUUGACAAGUGCAAGUGGUGCAAAGGCCAUGAUUAGUAACAAUAUAUGCGUAGACAGCCUAACGUAAUAUAACUAUGCCUUGGUAUAUGGGGUAUAAUAAGAAAAUGGGACAACUAAUUAUACAACUCACGUUGUGUCGUGAUUGGAGGCGGCGCCCCGAUUUUUCGCAGGCUGUGAGACUUUCGAGAACAAUUACUAGCAUCCCUCUAAUAACAUGACAUAUACUCUUUAAUUUACCACAAAAUGUGUAAUGAAUACUAUUUGAACAAAUAAAGGUGUCUUAUAUUAUCA